AUGAGGAGUUGGAUCGGGGGGACCGUGAAUUCGUCACAAUUCGCAUGUCGCGCGACGUCGCUAUUCCGGGCCACCCAACGGACCAGUAAUUAGAUUGGCCCGACGUGGAUUAACCCUGUGAAUUGUACGCCGUCGAGAGGAGAUCCGCCGAUGCCGAUGCGGAUUACGGGGAUCCGCCGCACGUUGAUCCUUCGCGUAACCGCGGGGUUUGCUCUUCGCCGAAAUCUUGAAGUGUCGCAAGGACAUUCAGCUAAAUGGGGAAAGUCAAGAAAAGACCGGACUUGCUUCAUCGUAGCAAGUCAUGCAAUAUAUUACGCAAUUUAAUGCUAAGGGAUUUUGGACUACGCACCACCCAUAAAACCAGUACACGUGAAUUGGAGCCAAUAGCUGAAGCAAAUCUUGUUCUAAAGGUCCAUGAAGAAUUGAAAUGUGAUUUACCUGGUGUUCCUAGAGCCACUUUCCUAAUGGUUUUCAGUCCUGAUGGGACCAUGGUAGCAUCUACGCAUGGAAAUCACAAUGUUUAUAUCACAGAUAUUACAACAGGAAAGAAUAUCAGAACUUUGUCUGGACAUCCACGUACUCCCUGGUGCAUAGCUUUCCAUCCAUCUUCCAGUCAGAUCUUAGCAUCCGGCUGUCUUGGAGGUCAAGUUCGCGUCUGGGAUCUAAGUGGUGGUAGUGAAAUUUGGAAUACCGAUAGCCAUACUGUUAUUGCCUCACUCGCGUUUCAUCCCUUUGAAAGAUUAUUAGUCAUAGCUACAUGUAAUGAAAUUUACUUUUGGGACUGGAGUAAAUCUCAACCUUUCGCCGUAGCUGCUACAAAGACUGACAAGGAAAAAGUGAGAUAUGUAGCUUUUGACAAUUUAGGAAGAAAACUAAUCACAGGAAUCGCUAAUACACCGCAAGUACAAUCACAAUGGGAUCGAGCUCCUAUGGGGCAGUUAUUUAGGACUGGUUUGAUGAAUUUUAGGCAUCAAUCACGAGAAAGUUUCCCGGAUAUCGAACUUUCGCCUUUUCACUUGUGGAAUCAUGGCUCCCUAUAUGCAAGAGGCUCGGCGGAUGGCGCCUUGUAUGCAAGAGGUUCGGCGGAUGGCGCCCUGUAUGGAAGAGGCUCGGAUGCAGACAUAACUUCCCGUGCAUAUCUGUUUAUGCGCAGAGGUCAUGAUGUGUCCGGUUUUUCACGAUUCGCCAAUCAAUUUAGAAACAGUACGGGGCAAGAGGAAGUGCGAUUUCAGCGGCGACGAAAUCUAUCCGAAGAACUGAAUCAAACUAGGGAAGCUACAUCUUCUCCGAAUAUCAUGAGAAAUCCACCUCGCCCUGUCGGCAAUCCAGCGAGCGCGGACAAUAAUGAAAACAGAUCGGCGGAUGACAGCAACGACGACGAUCUGCCGAAUUCGAUGAGGAGGCGCGAUCGAGAACUUGACGCGAUGAAUGACUCUCAUCAUAGGGAUGAAUUGAACAAUUGGGUAUGGGUCGGCGUGGACGAAAGGAUACGUGGAAACAACUCUCAAGUUCCAGAAACAAGGAUAAAUUUAUGCUACAGAGAUCUCGUCGAUCAAUAUGUGACUCUUGUGAGACGUUAUUUUGAUGUUUCCAGAAACAGAGAUACGAUCGAUCGUGGCACAGAUCCCAUGGAUAUGCCGGAGACAUCAUCCGUCAAUUCCGAGGAAUCUAGGAAUAGGAACGAAUCGGCAGCAACUGAAUCAUCUAUACGAAGAUUGAGAAAUGAAUUGAAUUCUAGCGCUCAAGCGAAUAACACAAAUCUGGAAAGGCUGCAACGAUGCCAGUGGUUAUUAAUGGAACGUUCCGAGCAGGAAGAGAUCAGAACCACUCUUCAGAAUUUGAGAGAGGCUUUGAAUGCCGCUGCUGAGAAUAAUAGCUCGUGCUUGGUGCGAUUGCAAAAAUUGCGGGAGAGACUGCAACGGCAGACUGCGACUUUAUUCGAACAUUCUAACAAUCGUAAUUCUCGUCUUCAGCUGCUUCGAAAUGCUUUAAACGACGAGAUCGAGGCACUUAACAAUAUGGAGGCUCAAUUCACUAAUACGAGUUCUAGAAUCGAACGGUUGCGAGAUGAGUUCACGAUGUACGGCAUUCUGCCGCGAAAUCGAAAUAUCACUACCGAUUCUUCGCAGGUAAAUCUAAACGAUGCCGAAUGGAGAACUCUUACCUCGAAUGACGGACAAGUACCUAGCACUAGUUCUGCCUCGUCGAUGCUGUCUUCGAGAGACGAUUUGCAUUCGGAAUCCAAUGUGUUUCCUAGCACGAGUUACGCGAGCUCAAAUGAAGAGCGUAGUACAGUAUGGCCCAGUACGAACAAUAGUGAGAAUAACAAUAUGUCAAGAAAUACUGGAAGGGCUAUGAGAAGACGAUCCGAUGCUUUGAGCACAGAGGAUGAACCGCCAAGACGGCGAAAACGUAAAUUAGGACCGAUUGUACCAAUGGUCUCUUAUUUUGGAGACAGCUCGUCUUCGAGCGACGAAGGCUACUCACGAGCGUCAACGUCCCGUAACAGCGCGUCCAACUUCACGGUCUCAACUCACUCAGCGUUCCAACCGAACGUACCCAAAUCUGUCACACAACGAACAAACAGCUCGCAAAAUCAAGAAGCGCCAACUUCUAGUUCUUCCAGAGUGGACGAAACAGAUAGGAACAAUUUAUCUGAUAAUUUAAAUAACGAAGCCAAUAAUAAUGUUCAGAAUAACAGAACAACGAGAGUCACACGGAACGUACAAGAAACGAGGUCUCCAGAUUUAAAUCGUAGACAAGGAAAUUCACCCUUGCUCAGGAGAGUGAUAGAUGUUCUGCAGAUUCUUCGAGGUUUGCAUGGAGAUCGGACAGAAAAUAAUAAUGCUACCCAGCAAGUAUUAUUAGACGACUCGGAGAAUGGUUAUUGGCUACUCGAAGAGAACAGUAACUCGGAUUCAAAUAUGACGGACGAUACGAAUUCUAAUGCCGAUUCGAGCUCUCGUCGAUGGACCAGCCGGUGGAUACAACUACAUACUUCGAGUAGGAAUUCGGAAUAUGCUAACGACUUACCGAAUGAACGAACUCAACCGAGGCCUCUUUCGGAGGACGGAGACCAAAAUAUCAAUAGAAAUAGAGAACAAAGAAAUCAGUUAUCGCCCGUCUCUGCGAAUCCUACUCGUUACGAACAACCGCCAUUAUUUCCGUUUAGAAGCUUGCGAGAGAACCAAUCCCAAAGAAUAGAACAAAAUCAAAUACCCACUACUAGCGAUGUCGGCAAUAAUCCAUCUCAAUCUCAGACGCUUGAAUCUGGUCUUACUGAUGAAACAUUUGAAGAAUUAUCGAGAUUGUUUAAUCAGCCUACUGUAGCUAGUCCCGAAAGCACAUCAACAAUGAGCAACAGGCAACAACAGCAAAACCAGGAUCAACGUAACAUGGAUGACCCGGAUUUCGACUAUGUUGAUCCGGUAAUGCUUGGCACUGACAAUAUAGAUCCCAGGGAAAGUUCGCUGGGAGUUCGGCAAGGAAUUCAGUUACUUAGUCGUCAUAUUGACAACAUGCACCGCUUGUGCCGAGCACGCUUAGAAAUAGUUCAAUUAUGUCAAGUGCGCAAAAUGUGGGAAGAUCUACAACGACAGAUACGAUCGUUACACGUAACAGUCCGCGUAGAAAGACAAAACAAUAAUCAAGCAGAAACACAACGGGAAAAUACCGCUGUCAAUUCCAAUCCAUCAACGUCGACUGCAAGUUCACCGAGUGAAUCAGCGAGAAAUUUUAAGAAAGCCCUGCUGGAAAAUUAUCAGAGAGAAAGCGGCGAGAACGAUCGUGAUGCGAGCUCGUAUGAUCAGAGUCAGCCGUCGACAUCGAGUGGGGUGACCGGAAGCUUUCUUGAGCGGAAUCACGAAGAUGAGCCGAUGUCCAGCACUUGUAAUGUCGAGGAGAGCACUAAUAUAAGUCUUUCAAAUCUAUUGCCGAGCGACGCCGAAUUACGACGAAUGCAGUGUCUCAAAUUAAACGAGAUGCUGGACGGUUUGUACGCACGGCUGACCUCGCGCUGUCAGAAUUGCGAUUCGCGCGUCACCGAGACACGAGCGAUGAACGAUCAUACGUAUUCCAGUUUGACGAUCGACAACGAUGUGCAAUUACCCAGUAUGUCCAGUGUUGUAUCAAAUAUCGGAGCUAACUCGAAUCUGCCAGCCGUUACUGCAAUAACGACGACGGAUUCGGAGCCGUUACCCAGCAUCGAGAGUUUCGUCAGCAGUCUUGGUCAUACCAGUCCCAAUAGAUCAGCUCGAGCAUCGGAUUCGAAUGUCGAUUAUCCUUCAACCAGUAACGCGACUAGUAACAACAAUGCUAAUAACGAAGAUAAUAUCAACUCUCAUCCUUUUACACAACAUCCAGCGAACGAAACUGGAGCUUCAACCUCAUCACCCGACUUGCCUACCGGCAAUUUUAGAUCAUUGGGGUGUAGAACACAGAAAUAUCUUCGACGUUUAAAUGCAUUGAGGUCACAUCGUAAUAGGCGAAUUCUUAGGUCUCAAUUAGCUCGUAAUCCAUUUCGUCAUUGCGAGCAUGUCAGACGACCAUGGCAUUUACGCAGGAAUGCGCCCCAGAAUAAUGACAGCAGUAAUAACGACAAUUUAGAUAUGGAUAUCAAUAUCCGAGACAGAACGCGAGGUUCGAACACGUCUGAAUAUCUACAAAAGAUGAUCUUACGACUAGAAUCACUGGUUCGACAGCAAAGAGCCUUGGCUCGUAACAGCCACAGAAGGUUGAAUAAUAAUAAUCGCCAAUCAGAAACUAGUAGAGACAACGACAAUCGUGAAAUGGAAGAAAUUCGUGAAGCUACAAGAUUAAGAGCGAGACAAGUUCUUGGUUUGAUGGUAAGAUCUCUGAUCCAAUUCUUUGAAGUAACAAGAUCAGGAAAUGGUUCUCAAAGCAAUGUUCUAUAUGAACAGAUGUAUAAAUUGUACGUAUUGUUACAUCUGGCACUGGAGCUAACAGAUUUAUUAUUGGCACAACUGGUAAUAACGAGACGAGAGCUGGAGUCUAGUCAGUACGGACCUUUCAGUUCUGAUUUGUCGGUUGACAACCAAAACAGAGGCGACACGCGUGACAAUAACAGCGUCGACAAUAGUCUACAGACAGAAGAUCAACAUCGCGCAAACGAUAACGUAUCAAGACGGAACAGAAACAGAUUCCCGAGAAAUCGCGGUGAAUUGUCAAAUGCGGAGGAGCUUCUCUCAGUGCAUGGAAACAGACGUUACCGCUUUAUGGCGGAACAAUUGAAGUGGUUGUUUCGCUAUCGUCGAGGAGCUCAAAGCAGUAGCGGUCUGUCUGGAAAUCAAACCAAUAAUCCAACGGCAGCUAGACCAAGCGAUAACGGCGAUGAUGCUGAUAAUAAUUAUGACGAUAAUGCACAAAACGAAGAUAAUCGACAGUCAAUUUCCGAGCACGCUCUGUCGGCAGAGGUGCAGAGUAUCGUGGAAAGAAUUCAAAGUAGCAGCUCGAUUGACAACGAUGAUCGCGGAGAGGUCAGGGCAGGAGUUGAGAAUCAUACGAUUGACGCUGCGAAUGAAUCACGAAACGCGAAUGAAAACUAUCGACGAAGUUAUAGAAAUGCCACAGUAUCUGAACCAGCGGUGAGGCGCACCAAUGAAUCGAGGGGCCCGCAGGAAGCCGAUUCUGAUAACUGGAGAAAUUACGUUUCUUAUAUUACGUCGGGAGAUGAACAAAGCGCUAGAUCGACGCAUCAGAGAUCUCGGUGGCUCCUCCAAUACGCACGGGACGCGUGCUCAUCGUUACUUGAACGACCUUUGCACAGAUAUGGCAACUCUGACCCGAAUAACAAUCGCAGAUUCUCUCACAGCAGGGAAAGUGCGUCUCUCCGACGAGAAUUCAAUGUGCCCGAGUUACAGGUGAACAACGUACCUGUGAACGACUUGGAUAAUCUAUCUGGUAAUCCACGAAGAAGGCAGAAUACGCCACCAACUCCGCCGCAUACGCCUCCGCCGUACUUGAUCAAUAAUUUUCUCCACAAUGCCGACAAUAGGAACAACGAUCGGACAAACGAAUCCGCGGAUCAGCCAGGACCAAGUUGGGCUAAUCAAUCGAAUAAUAAUAGAACCCGGGUGUUGACUCCAACGAUCCUGACAUUAUGGCGAAAUCGGCUUGGGCCUUGGAGACCUCGGUACACUGAAUUUGUAGCUAAUAUGGGAUCACGAAUUGGGGGAAAUGCUGUUGCCAAUUCCAGUAAUAAUAAUGGCGAUGAUAACAGCAGAGGAGCAGGAGGAGGAAGAGGAGGAGGAAGUAAUGAAGGAGGAUCAGGAGGACCAGGAAUAGGAGGAAGAGGGGGAGGGGGAGGAGCUGGAGGCGGAAGUGGUGGUGGAGGUGGAGGAGGAGGAGGAGGAGGAGGAGGUGGUGGUGGAGGAAGUGGAGGAUUAGAGCCAGAAAAUGAAGAUAAUGAUUAUUGGAAUCUUGGCAUUUAUAGUUUGCAGUGGGAAACAUUAGGAGAAAAAAUUUAUUCAACUAAAAUCGAUCAAACAGUAGUGUCUGUCUCGAUAUCGCCUACGCAACAACAUCUCUUGGUAGGUUUGGCACGCAGGAUUCACGUACCCUCCAGGCCCUUUCCAAUGGCUCUGAUUUACAAGCUAAUGGAGAAGCAGCCCGACGACGAGAAAAAUGUUUCGUCGAUAGAUCCGUCCAUGGAGUUGGCAUACGAUUCCUCCGACGAGAUGCUCGACGAUAAUGUUUCCACGAGUACUAUUCCGAGACGAAAUAACGUUACAGUCAACACUUAUAGACCGCAUAUCCGAGACUGGCGGAUCCGGAUGAGAAACGACCUGGACAUGGACAUCAAACGUCACAGAGAAAGCAUGGUGCUUAUCCGGGAAUUGUUGCAAAGCACCCGAGAGGCGACGGGCUACGUUAGUCUGAAUUGCAUCAGAUGGGCGCCGCAACCGGGUCAGGGGAUGGUUUAUGCGACGAACACCGGACAAUUGAAUAUUCUGCAGUGAUUCUACGCCCGUAGUUAGAUGGAGAUGAAAGUAAACGUUUCUCUUCGUAUUAUAAUGCUUACAAUGAAUGUGUCAUACGUGUAAGACGUAAUACAAUAUCGCGAUUCGCCCCAAACGAAUUUCUUUUCGAUAGGUCCAUAAAGAAGGAUUUGCCAAUGCGCGAUAUGCAGUAAUAGUUUUUAUCCAUUACGGUCGGUUAUCAAUUUCGCCGGCUUGUAUGACAGUGAUAAUUAGUACGAAGACUGUUACGGAUUAUAAUCUGUAUUUUAUUCUUUUUCGUGCUAUGCUAUCUUCUUUUUUUUUUUGUUCUGUGAAAAAGAGCAAGAAACGCAAGAUGUAUAAAUAUAAAAUUUUGUGUUUGAUUGAUCAAGUUAUUAUUGUAUAGUUUAUGUAGUUUUUAUAUCUCUAUGAUUUAAAGAGUACUCUUGGGCUGCAUUCAAGAUGCACGCUAUCUGUCCUAUCUUUAACGCUCAUUAUAUGAGGAUAGAAUAACAACAAUAGCGCAUCCCGAACGCGACCUUUGUGCAUUGUUUCUAUUAGACUGAAUUUGUAGUACGAUCGUCUUUCUUUUUAGUGGAGCUUCUGUUACGCCGUAUAAUUACGAAAGUGUGGGGAACUGGGUCGUUAUAUAAUAUCAAUAUGUAUUUACCGAUCGGAUGAACGUUAAUACCGUCAAAUAAAUCAUUCAGAACGUACUUCCUACUUUUAUUAUCUUAACUGUAAGGAAUAGAGCAAUUUAUCGUGCCAUCUCUUUGCAAUACUUUUAUCUGGUGGCUUUUUUAUGUUGAUACUUUAACAUUAUUAACUGGAGAUAUAUUUAUAAAUUUGAUCUUUUUUGAUGAUAUCUUUCUUCGUUUUACCUUUGUACUGCGAAACGAGAUGUUUAUUAAAAUUCCAUGUAUAUUUGUUUUAUACAUAUAUACAUGUAUAUUAAAAGUUUUGGCGUAGGAUAUAAUAUACAAAAUGCAAAUAUACAUGUUGAUUAAGUAAAUUGUUUCAGGCACAAUUUUAUUUUUGUAAAAAAUUGCGUGUCCUUUAGAAAUUUGGCGGUUUUCGAAAAGAGAAUGGCUCGUUCGUGUAUACAGUCAUCGGGUUUCGAUACAACUAUUGUACACAUAGUCAAAUAAACACGUAAUUGUAUUUCUCUGUGUAUAAUCGUUAUCAAUAAUAAUUUCUUUGCAAAAAAAGCACACGUUUUAUACAUCUUUACUGUCAUACAUCAUGCUAUCUACGCGUGCAUAUACCGUUUCUUCCACUUUGAAUUGUGUAAAUCUUCCUCGAAUGAGAUACAAGAAAGGUAAUAUAAAUUAAAAAUACGCGAUUAAUAUUUUACAUUUUCAAGGAAUGUCAUCUUGCAUGCGAUAAUCCAUAACAAAGCAUUAUGUAUUCAAACGGAAGCAUCCAUUUUGUCCGAUAUCGAAUAAAAAAAAAUGUAAGAGAAAGAGAUUUCUUGUUGUUUCAUCUUUUAGUAAAUGCGAAAUAUGCGAUAGAGUAUAAAUCUCAUAGCCUUAGAACAUCCGCCUCUGUAAUCGGACAAUAAAAUUUACAAUGAGAAGAUACAGGCAUGUUUUAUGCAGAUAUUUAUAAAUAUAUACAAAACGAUAUUAUAUAAUGUAUUGAUAUAUCUAUUUAUCACAAAUUCAUAUUAUAAAAGCAUCGAUCUUGUAAUACGUUAAAAACGUAAUACUUAUUACAUGGAGUUAAAGUAUUGUAGGAAUCUAUACAGAUGCUAGGAUGGAAGACUCGAAGGCGAUCCUUUCGAAAUAUCGCCUUCAAGUGCGAUGGUUUCGUAGUGUGCUCACGGGUAACUACUAACGAAAUAGUACGAUUUAUGAUACAUACGUUCACGAAUCUUAUACGAGAGAAUUCGGCAAUUUAUUUACAGGACGCAAUAAGACUCGAAGAUUGUCUUUAUAAUGAAUAUCUAUUUAUAAAAAUAGUCAUGCGCGUGAAGAUUUACGAAGAUCUGGUUUUAUCGGAGAAUCAAGACGAGAUAAAAAAUGAACGAAAAUCGCAGUGCAGUAUACAUUUUGUGUCUAUUUGAGUGUGUGUGAGAGUGUGCAAUAGUCUAUACAAUAUAAUUUUAACAUUUUGGCAUCGUACAGUGUAUUAAUUGCUUCAUUAAAGUUGUAUAAACACUUCCGACAUACAGAGCACAUAUGUAAGUAGUUACCUAUAAUGCAGUAAAAAUAUACUUUUUAUCGGACAGCGAAAUAAAAGAUUGUAAUAUGGACAGAAAUCGCAAAUAUGUUACAUUACACGCCUAUCAUCCCGGUACGCUAUACAUAGCAUUAAAAGCUGAGAACGUACGUUAUUACUUCGUUUCUUCCCACGUAUACAUUGGACUUUUUUAUCGCUCUAUUAUAAAUUCGACCAUUCGACAAUACUCUGACUUUCGUGUAAUAAAAUAUAAAAAUAA